AUGGACGGCUCGCACUAUUCCUCUAAUGUCAUAGGCACAUCAGGACCUAGCUAUCAUCCGUCGCCAGCAGCUAUAUCGCCUCAUCAACUCCAGCAGAACGGUCAUCUUCCGCCGCAUACUCUGCCCCCACUACAACCACAGAAUCCCGCCAUGCAGUCCCUCUAUGGCAGCCACCCUCACACUCCGGGCACUCGUACGCCCGGAACCUCAAACCCUCCCACCCCUACCAACAACAUGAGCAGCUACCCACCGCCGCCCCAGAAUAACAAUCGCGGCGGCUACCAGCAAAUGAUGCCCAAUCCGUACCCGCAGCCUCAUCAGGGCUACGGUACAUCGGCCUCCAUGAUGCCGCAGUCGUCCGUUGCUCAAUCCCACCCGCAGCCCAUCGCGCCUGCGCCGGCCAGCCGUCCUCCGGUUCUUCGGCCCAUGCCCGCUGGUGGUGUCAUGCCCCAGUCCGGCCUGUCGUCGCCUUAUGGACAGAGCCCUCUCAUGCCUCACCAGCAGUCUAUUCUACAAGAAGCGGAGCAGCCGACUCAUGUUGUUGGCUCUCAGGGACGUCGUGGUAUUCUUCCAAGCGCUCCCGGCAGGCCCGCUGCGCCGACGGGACCUGGCUCUGCGAAAAGCACGGUCAUUCCGCAGAAGGAUGCCGACGGCAAGUUCCCAUGCCCUCAUUGCACCAAGACCUAUCUUCAUGCAAAGCAUCUGAAGCGUCAUCUUCUGCGCCACACCGGUGACCGCCCUUACAUGUGCGUCCUUUGCCGGGAUACAUUCUCUCGUAGUGACAUCCUUAAGCGCCACUUCCAGAAGUGCUCCAUCCGACGAGGAAACCCCACCGGAGCGAGUCACUUGUCCCACCCCUCCGCUCACGUUAAGAAGCACCAAGCUGCUCAGGCCAAGGCCGCGGCAGAAGGCGAGCUGAACCAGAUGAACGGCAUGAAUAACAUGCAGGGCGAGAACGUCGUCCACCCUUUCGGAAUGGUUCCAAUGGGCCCUGAUGGCAUGGCCAACAUGAACAAUGACCAGAGUCAUUUGUCGCGAUCCAGCAGCGUUAGCCGCAUGGAUGACAACCGCGACCGCCGCAGCAUGACUGGUGGCCCCGGCUCCGUCUACGGCAGUGGAGACGUUCAGAACUCCAUGGGUUCUAACAUCAACCCUCAGUUGGCCAACUACAGCUUGCCUCAAAACCAGAAUGGUAUGCAGAUGUUUGCAGGAUCAAACUCAAACCAACAGAACCUUGAUUGGUCCAUGUUCCAGGCUGGUGCGCAAGAGUCCUACGCAAAUUCAUUUCAACCUCCUAAUCUUGGACAGACGCAGGUCGGAACGAAAACAGAACAUCAUAACCUAGAUGCCGAGAGAGCCGCCGUGAACGAUAUGAACGACCGAUCGCUUUUCUUUGCCAACUGGGAUACAACAUCCACGAUUCGUGACCCAUACCAACAAAUCUCGAACAAGAUCCACGGCUUCUUCCACCCGCCUGGAACCACCGUCACUUCCCAGACGGCCGGUAUAACUAGUUUCUAUUCGCCCUCGAACAUCAAGGACUUCCUUGACAAAUAUAGCCAUUAUCAUUGUCACUUUUCUUUCUUACAUAUCCCGACCUUCCGCAUUAUGAACGCUUACACCGGCCUUCUCGCUAGCAUGUGCUGUAUUGGAGCUUGCUACUCGGAUCACGCAUCCCCUAACCAAGUCCGCGAGGUGAUGAAUUUCUUGAAGGUUGCGCUUGAGCGAGAUUCCAACCUGUUUUCUGGUAGCGCUAAUGGCGACUCUAAAGCUGCUAAUACCCUCUCCUCGGACGACGAGCAGAGGAGGAUGGAGAAGCUGCAGGCUCUCGUUCUCAUGUCGCAACUCUUGGUUUGGAAUGGUACGCCUUUCCAACGAGAGAGUGCCAGGCGGCUUUUCCCGCAGGUUGCCGACAUGGCGCGUAGGAACGGGCUUCUGCAGGUUUCUACAUCGCCACAACUUUAUAGCGUUCUCCACCAAAGGGAUCUUUCUCUCCAGAACAUAAACCCUAACACCUUCGAUUGGAAUUCAUGGACCCGCCAAGAGGGGCGUAUCCGUUUGAUGUACAUGAUUUACCUGUCUGACGUAGCAUACGGCCUUUACUUCAAUCUGGACGCUCAAUUCCACGGUUCAGAGAUGAAGAUACCGCUGCCAGCGGACGACGCGGCUUGGGAAGCAUUAAAUGCUACCGAGUGCGCUGAAGCCCUUCAUCUGUAUGGAUCUGAUGCUGCUAAAGCUCGUAAUCCUGAUGGGUCUCAGAGAAGCAAGCAACCAGAACUUAGUCUAGCGAUGGGCGCUUUGCUCAAUGAGUCAUAUCAGAUCCACCCUGGAAGCACAAACCUGUACGGAAAGUUCUUACUUAUCCACGCCAUACUUGCCGAAAUUCGUCGGGCACAGUUGGAGGGUGCCUCCGCCAACAUCAGUCGGUCGGCAACUCCACUUUCACAAAAUGACUGGGUGUACAAGUCAGAGGGAGGCAACGGAUCCGUGAGUGCCACUAAUAGUGGGCGAGCGACUCCAGUGCCUGGUCAAUCAUGUCAACUGCCACCGCAUGUGUACAAGUCCUUUACCAUCGCCUUGGACAAAUUCAAGCAAAACUGGGACAUGGACAUGGCAAUACAGUUUCCACCUUCUGUUCUCAAUUCUAGGCGGUAUGGGUUUUCGAGGGAUGCUAUUCACUUUUACUAUCUGGCCAGAUGGUUAUUGAAACAAACUGAUUCCAACGACUUGCGUUCACCGGCGGAUCAUCGGUUCGCACGGGUUAUUCAACUUCUCAAGAAUGUCAAGACAUGGGUUUUAGAGGAUGGUGCUAAGAGGGGUGAAGAGCUUGGUUCUGUGGGCGAGAUCGAUAACGCAUUUGGAAUGACCGACCUGACACUCAACAUGGCGGAUUUGUUCAAACCUCUGCCUCAGGUCGUCAACUCCCCCCACAUGUGUGCUAUCAAAACCGACAUUUAA